GCGCGUGCGCGCGCGCGCGUGAGACAGACCAUUUGAACAUAAAACCAAGAAACGAAUGAAGUCAUGUGUUCCUAAUAAAGUGACAGUCAUCUGCUUAAUGGUAAUGAUGAUGAUGGUGAUUAUGAUGAUGAUUAUAAUGAUGAUAUGUGAUGAUGAAGUCAAAGGAGGCGGGGCCGGGGAGUGAGGCGUCAGAAGAAGAAGAAGCGUAAAGAGGAUGAGACAGAAGGAGAUUAGGAGAGGAAGAAGAGGAGGCGGAGGACUGAAAGAAAAAGAGAGCUGUAAGAAAGAAGAAAAAGAAGCCAAAGGAAGAAAGAGAGAAUCAAAAGAGAAAGAGAGAAACCGCAAAAAGAAGGAAGACGCCUCUCUGACUUCGAGCUUGAUCGACUCUGAAGAGCAAUUGAAAAAAGGGUGUGUGUGGACUGACAGACGUUCCAGCCCGACUGACGCACGCGGCAUCGUCACCGUGACAAUCACUCAGCUGCCACGGUAAGCAGCAGGUAACGAGCAGCUAACCAUACUUGCAGUUUCCGACACACCAAGAAAUGAAGGCCGUGCGGGCAAGCGAUGCCUCACAUCCCUGAGGACCUCGCUGCCUCACGAGGACUCCGCGUCCCCCCCCGAGGACCCGCCCAUGGACCGCCUCAAGCCCCUCCCACUCCUGCUCCUAUUGGUGACGUUCUGUCGAUGUCAAUUUGACGCCUGUCGCUCCAAGGUGGAUCCGGGCUGGGAAGCGGGGCCCGUAUGGGAGGAUUCCGCCUGCCAGCCGCCGCCCGCUAACAUGAAAGAAGCCAUGCAGAUACGAGUUGAUCCACCGGGGGUCACCUGCGGGAACCCCCCGGAACGAUUCUGCACUCUGGAGAACCCGUACUUGUGCAGCGAUGAGUGCGACGCGUCCAGUCCGGAUUUGUCUCACCCGCCUCAGCUGAUGGGGGACCGGGAAAGGGGCGGGCUCAUCACGUACUGGCAGACGGUCCCGUGGUCCAAGUAUCCCGAGCCGCUACUGGCCAACAUCACGCUGUCCUGGAACAAAAGUCUGGAGGUGGUGGACGACCUGGUGGUCAGCUUUGAAUACGGACGCCCCACCAGCAUGGUGUUCGAGAAGUCCACGGACAAAGGGCUGACGUGGCAGCCGUACCAGUUCUAUGCCGACGACUGCAUGGAGACGUUUGGCAUGCCGCCCAAGCGAGUGUCUGACUUGGCGCCCAGCAACGUGACCAGGGUCAUCUGCACAGAGCAGUACUCCAGAUGGGUGGGCGCCAAGGAGGAGAAGACGGUGGUAUUUGAGGUGGGAGCUCGCUUACGAGUGUUUGCGGGCCCCAAACUCCUGAACACGGACGCGUUGUACACGCGGCUGCAGAGCAGCAAAGCUCUGCGAGACUUCUUCACCUUCACCAACCUUCGCCUUAGACUCCUGCGACCGGCUCUCGGCGGGACUUAUGUCCAGAGAGAUAACCUGCUCAAAUACUUCUAUGCCAUCUCCAACAUCGACGUACCUGCCAGGUGUAAAUGUAACCUGCACGCAUCUCGUUGUGCGCUACGUGAUGCCACGCUGAUGUGUGACUGUGAACACAACACAAGCGGACAAGACUGCCAACGUUGCAACGCCGGGUUUGAGUCCCGCAACUGGAUGCCCGGAAGCUUCCUGCCUCUAUCCAGAGGCACCGCCAACGCUUGUGAAGCAGCAGAAACAACAACCAUGGCUGAUGACUCUGACAGAAGUUCUGCUUCAACACGUGGAAUCACUGACACUUAUUCGACUUCCACUAUUGACACUUCUACUUCUUCUAGUCUUAUGACUUUGACUUUUGAUACUAAAACUGACGUUAGUGGUACUUGGACUGCUUCAACAAUUGCAACGAUCGCUUCUUUGGACACGUCUGAUACUUUCUCUACCUCUCCUAUGGACUCUUCUACUUCUAGUUUUACUACUAGGAAUUUUGGUACGUCUGCUGACCUUAGUGGUUCGUGGACUACUUCCACUUUUGAAACUAUUACGUCAAUGGAAACAACUGAUACUUUCUCUAUUUCAACGACUAUUGACUUGUCUUCUAGUUCUACUUGGACUGCAGGUGGUUCUGCUGUUCAAAUGGCUAGCUCUUACAGCUCAGGAACUGACAGCUUUAUGACUGACAGUUUUAUGAUUUACAGUUCUGCGACAGACAGUUUUACACCUAACUCUGUCACAGUUUUGACAGAGUACAAAAAUAUGAGGUCUUCUACUAUUCCGGACUCCGUAGGUCUAAAGUGGGGAAGCGGUGACUCAGCAUCAGCAGGCGGUGCUAGCGUUCCUCCGGCGGUUCCUGCUGUUGGCACCUCAGGUGUCCGUCUGCGUUUAGACAUUAGCGGUCCAAUGGUACCAAGUGGCACUAGGGUGACCUCAAACAUCAACGCUGACUCUCAGGUGUCUAUUUCUGACCCAGUGACUCUGCCCCCUGACAAGACCGACUUUGUCCCCUUGUGGACGUCCACCAGCAGCUUCUCACCUUCAAGCUCAAGUUUCUGGAUGUCAGAAGUAAUUCCAUCCGAUGGCACGGUCCCUUCCAGAGAUACUCCAACUCCUCAGACUUCUACUGCUGGAGAUCCUGAAUUGACACCGGGAACUUCUAAUGGACCUCCUCCCGAAGGAUCUCCUACUGAUGACCUGCUCCCCAUUGAAGCUUCUGAAGGACUUCUUCCUGAUACUUCUCCCGAUAAUGUAACUCCCACUCCCAAUGGACUUCUUCCUGACAGACCUUCUGAUCUACUCUCCACUAAUGUACCUCCUCUCGACAAAACCGUACUUGAGAUACCGACCCCUGAUGGUGCCUCUCUUGAUGUCCCUCCAGAAACCAAGUCCACCAAGAUAAAUGUUCCACCUGCCGAUGUAGCUCCACCUGAUAGUCCGCUUGGCAAGCAACCUCCUCGUGAAGAUGCAACGCCCCCUGAACGAGACAGUUUGGAUCAAAUUGUACCGUCUGACAGAUCUCCUCCAGACACAACUUUCCCUGAAGCAGCUCCUGUGGAUGGAACGCCAAGUGAUAGAACACAGCUGAAAAGAUUUCCGCCAAAUUCACCUCCUGAUGCAACUUCUUCUGAUAGAGCUCCUCCUGACAGGCCCUCUUCUGAUGUAACUCCUUCGUUGGUUGAACCUUCUUCUGAAGUACUUCCUCCCGAGGUGCGCUCCCCAGCUCCUGAUGCUGCUCUGAACAUACCUCCUUCGCAAGUUGGAGAAAUUGUACAGGACAAACAGCCAAUUGCAGCAGAUUGGUCAGAGCCUACUGCAGACUUGGCCCCAGUAGACUUCACCUUCCCUUUUUCAGAAGAUCGGGAUUCCACUGGACUAGGAACAGAAGACUCCAGUCUAGAUGCUGGAUUAGAUUCUGUUGAUUCAGAUUUCACUGGCCCUGAAACACCACCUGAAACAGAACGUUCAAAUCAGUAUUCUGGAUCAGAUUCAGUUGACCCGGAUUCCACUAGACCCGGAACACCUCCUAAAACAGAAGAUUCAAGUCCAGAUUGGGGAUUUGAGACAGUAGAUCAGGAUUCCAAUGGCCCUGGAACACGUCCUGGAACAGAAGACUCUAAUCCAGAUUCUGGUUUGAAUUCAUUCGAUCGGGAUUCAACUGCACCAUCGACACCUCUUGAAAUAGAAAGUCCCAAUCCGGAUUCUGGAUCAGAUUCAGUUGAGCGUCGUUUGGAUUCCAAAACAGGCCAAACAAGAGCUGAAAGCCGUCAGGAACCUGAAUCACAGUCUUCGGACUCUAGCCCUAAAAUUCCUGAGCAGAAAUCAAGACCUGAUUCUCCUGAAAGAUUUGACGAACCAAGAGAGGAUUCUUCUUUGGCAACUCAGCAAGGAGAGCAAGAGUCAAACAAAUGGAGAAAAGAGGAGAAAACCAGCGAAAAAGCUGUGGAGUCGGAAGACAAAGAAGGUUUGAAGGAAGGAGAGGAGAAAAAGAAGAAAGAAGAGAAGGGAAAGAAAGAGUUAGAGGAGAAGAAAGUAAAAGAGAAGGAAGACGAAAAAGAUAGUGAAGAGAAAGCGAAGAGAGACCAGAAAGAGGAAAAAGGCUAUGAGAAAAAAGCGACUCAGAAGAUUUUGAUACCCGGCAGCGCGACGAGCAGCAAACUUUCCAAAAUCGCCUACGUCACCUUCCAGGAGUGCGAGUGCAACGGCCACUCGAACCGCUGCAGCUUCAUGGACUUCCUCAACGUGGUGACGUGCGUGAGCUGCAAACACAACACCAGGGGGCACCGCUGCCAACACUGUCGUCUCGGUUACUAUAGGAACGACCAGCUGCCGCUAGAUCACCAGGAUGUUUGUGUGGAGUGCGAGUGCGACGCCGUCGGCAGCCGGUCCAGGCACUGCGCCGCCUUGGGGGCGUGUCCGUGCAGGCAGGGCGCCACCGGGAGGCGCUGUGAACAAUGUCUGCCGGGAUACACCCGGAGAGGAGGUGUGGUCGGCUGCACAGCCAACGUGUGCGAUGAGGCUCAGUCGUGUCAGAAUGGCGGCACGUGUGUGGACUUCCUGCGCUGCGAGUGUGCCGACAACUUUGCGGGUGUGUACUGCGAGCAACGCGUGUGUCUGAAGAACAGCGGUUGCCUUGACGACAACACAAGCGCCGCCUCGCCACCGGUGACCUCACGGCUCCGCCUCCCGCUGACCCUCAGCCUGAUCGCCGCCGCCGCCGCCUUAUGAUUUCAGGGCGACGCUCGGUGAUGUCAUAAUUCCGUGACGCGGCGUAACCGAGCCUGCGGGCGGCCUGACUGUUGUUGACAUUUUCUAUUAGCUGUGGACUUUUUUGUUGACUGUUGUUGACUUUUUAUGGGACUGUUGACUUUAAGCUGUUUAUUGUCAUUCACAGUUGAAGUUUACAGUCAAACUAAACAAAACUCAGAGAAUUAUAACUUGUGUAUUUCAACAACCGCAUAAAUUUGCCUCAGCUUAAUGCUAACACAAUGGUCAACACCGUAGACGGGCUAACAAACAGCAUCUCUGGUGUUAUAACGUUAAAGAACACAUUGUGUUGACACAUAAUCACAGAUAAUGAUACUCAUAGGCAUAUAUUAUUUAUCCUCUGCAAAAAAUGGCAAAAACUACUGCAGCUUAUUGAGCAGUUGUGACCGUCCUCUUCCUGUAUAUCCCUGUCUAUAUUAUACUGCCCCCUGGUGGCCGAGGUGCACAUACGAGGAGCUGCACAACUCAUGAAUCAUGACGCACGAACUGUUUAUUUCUUAACAUUUAAUUGUUUUCUUUUUUUAAACUAUGUACACGACACACACAUUUUCCUUCCUAACAAACAAGUUACACAUUUUGUCGCGUUUUAUAGCAGCUGUAACUGAUUAACAGCAGUUGCACUGGUUUCAAUUUCACGUCACUGUUUGAACUUACAAACGUACGAUCAACAUGUAUCACCAAAUGUAGGAAAGUAUCGAUAAAACCAAGCAAACAUCAAAUCUCGUGUUGUCACGUCUGUGACUGACAGGCCAGCAAUUCAAGAUGAUUCCUGUCCACGUUGUAUGUCCAGUAUGUCGUGAUUCGGGACUCUGGAAUGAUGAAUGACGUUGACAAUCAUUCACUCAUUCCCUUUGAUCCCCGAUUCUUAAAUGAGCCACUCAUUGGUCCUCAGUCGGAAAAGGUCGGUCGGGGAUGAGAUCCUGCCCCGAGUGGAGGAGUUCCAAGUAUCUCGGGGUCUUGUUUCUCAUCCUGUUGACAAUGAGUGCUUUGUCUUUUGUCUUCGUUUCUUUCUCUCCCCUCUAGAAACUUUGUUCUGUUUGACUGAUCGAUUCUGAUUCGCAAUAAACAUCAAUUCUAAUGCUAAGAAACCACAGCGGAAGCUUAAAAACUCCACUGUUGGUCGGAGGUAAGGAAGCGUAUUGCAUUCACUUGGAUAAAAAAAAAAAAAUAAAAAAAAUCGUGUUUUUCUGAGUAUUUUUUUUGAGGGCUUUGUUUUUUUUGAAUAUUUUUUUCUGUUUUUCUGACAAAAAAAUUUCCACCUGCUUUUCUGACUUUUUUUUUUCAGUUUUUCUGACAAUUUUUUUUCCGAGUUAUCGGGACACAUCGAACUCACGCGAGAACUCACUAAUGGCGGAUUACUGCUGGGCCGGGAUUGCGGUACAUACGCCGGGCGAAGCCGAUUCCGGCGCCUCAGUUGCACACCGUGCGGGUCCAGUAUUUUCAUCAGUCUCCUGAUCGUCUCUUGAGUCACUGCGUAGCCAGCCUGAAUGCAUUUUAAAUGCAUCAUCUUGGAUCCAUGGAGCAUACCAUAUCUGUCCAACUGAUUCUGGACAAACAUUGCUGUAUCGAGCAGAUCCGAAUGGGCUUUCCUCCUGAACAAACGCAAAGUCCGCAGGUGCCUGCGUAAUGUCGACAAACUAAUAACAAUACCAUCUAUGUGACUCAAAGACAGAGUAUCUCCCAGUGUCUUAAACCAAUAUCAAAAUAAAACUUGAUCAAACUAAAUAAGCCGGUCAUGUUGCUUACUACGGAGUCCGCAAAGAGUCACUUUCAGUUCGCAGGUUCUCGCGUGAGUUCGAUGUGUCCCGAUAACUCAGAAAAAAAUAGUCAGAAAAACAGGUCGAAAAAAAUUUGUCCGAAAAACAGAAAAAAAUAGUCAGAAAAACAGGUGAAAAAAGAAAUCGUCAGAAAAACUGAAAGAAAUACUCAGGAAAAUAGAAAAUAAAUUAUUCCAAAAAAAACAAAGCCCUCAAAAAAACAGGUUUUUUUUUUAAUAUAAGUGAAUGCAAUACGCUUCCGCAUUCUCAAAAAAAUAAAUAAAAAAAAAAGGUAAAAAGUUUCAAUGAUUAACUUUGGAUUUGUGCACAUAAAAUUACUCG